AUGAACCGCCGCAUCAGAAAGGAAUCUACCACCAAGAAGUCCGAUGAUGGCUACCUCCGCUACCUAAAGCCUGGCGCUCUUGCGCAACUGCGAGAUUCCAAAAUCAACGCCAGAUCUCACCAUCGGUCAUCCGGUUCUCAGAUCUAUCUCCGUCUUGCUGUAUCACCCUCACCUACUUCUUCACCAUCUCGUUCUCCCAGCCCUACCGUCGCCGGCGUGCCACAACAGCAAGAUGUCGGUGGCGUCACCAUCAUCGAUGUCGGCUUCCCUUACUUUUCCCGAAGCUUUUGCGGACCUCGUUUUCCGCAGAGGAAGAAGCUAAUGGCUGCUAAAUCGAUGUUAUCCUUGAACGCUAAUCCUAACGGUACGACAGCGGAUGGUCCUCAAUCGGUUAUUGAUGUUUUCAGUUCUGACUUCCUUGUUGCACAUUAA